GAUAUCUUCCCCAGCAACACACGGCCAGCAUCACAGCAUGACACUGAACGCCCUAUAACUUGCAGGUCUGGGGGCGGCGUCGACGCUGGGUGGCGCCUAGCUACGGCAGCACGCGCUGGCGCUGCUGCACUAAGGCGUCAAACGAUUAAACCCAAUGGAGAGGCUGUCUGCAGAACAGCAGCAGACGGUGGCAGCGGCGCUGCGGCUGUGGCGCUCACACUUCCAGGUGCCGCCACGUUGCCGCCGGGCAUUGCUGUGGCAUUUAAGAGUAUGGCGAAGCCAGCCGUGGCAGGAUUCAGCCGAUGUGGCGUCAGCUGCAUGGCGCUCCUUCACAGCUCAGAACUGCAGUCGGCGUACGUAGGAGGCGCAGGUACUUUCGCUAGCCCGCCAGGCGGUCAGCUGUGGGCUGGGUGUGGCUUUUUCUGUGGAUGCCGCGGCGGACAGGUCGCAGGUGGCCUUGGCUACCUGGCUAGAGCUCACAUGUGCGCAGUGGUGGAGCGGCAGGGAGGGGGAAUUCUAAGCUGUGUCGGCGCGAGGCUUGUGGCCGCAGCGGUGCAAUUGGUUGUGCUGGGGACCCGGGCUCUGACCUACUUGCUUUGUCAUAUCCUAUCGCACCCGGCGCAGCGCACUGGGCGGGAUGCGGGCGUAGCGGAAUGCUUGGGCGUUGUGCCGCGGCUUCCUAUAUGGUGUCUGUAGUUGCAGGCAACAUGCCUCGCAUGAUUGCGGUACUGCCGCACAGAAAGGGAUGCCUGGGGCGGCUUGCGCGGCUGUAGCUGGCAGCUCGACAGCCGGGCUUUCGUGACCUGUGUGUCGCGCCGCCCGUGUACUCACUUGGAACAAAUGUUUCUGAACAUCAUCCUUCAUGUGGUUGGCUGGGGGUUUGGGGAAGGGGCCCUGGUUUCGGCGGUACCAUAUGAUGGGAGAGUAAUUGCUGGUGGCGGGCUGUCCAUCUACAGGCCUAGGGUAUGACAGAACGGGAUGCCGGAUGGCUGAGCUGCGCGCAUGUGACAGCAACCCACGAUGGACGCACAG